GUUUUGAUUCAUCGAUCCUCUAGGUGUGGUUUCCGAUUUAUUCUUCUCAUCUUGAACCUUUGAAUGCUAUGAAUUCGUCGAUUGCGUUUUGCUGCGUUUUUGAGAUGAUUGCUUAGGCAAAAGAAGAUUUCAUGGGGUUUCUGGAUUGAUGGUGUGAGAAAAAGUGAACAUCUUUAGUUCAAUUUCUAGAACAAUUUAUAUGCCGAGCUGAUAUAGCCUCUUCGUUAUUUGGAUAUCGAAAAUUUGGGUAAUCCUAUUGGGAUUUAUGAACCCUAAAAGAGCUUCAUGUCUGAUAUAGCUGGAGUUUUGCAGUAGGCUUGAUAGUUCCACUGUUUCUUCGUUUAGAUUUGGUGGUAGGAUUGGCAAGGAAACUGCAUUAUCGAAGAAAAAACUCAGUAGAAGAUAGAUAGAUUCUGUUUUUUUUUUUUGGAUAAAUCGGGGCGCAAUGCAAACGCCUCAAUCCGUGCCUGUAAGUCAGAGCCAGCCAGCUCAACCCAAUCUUCUUCGAGGGCCUCCUCACUUCCCGGGUCACUUUCAGGUGUCCAAUUCCCAAACGGUAGCAUCUGCUCAGGGGGGACCUUCUCAGUCCCACUUGCCACCUCAUCCCCAGCCACAAAGCACUAGAGCUGCCAACACAAAUGUGGGUGUCUCUUCGCCGGCUGCCAAAAGGGUGCCACCGAGGCCGCAUUCCCGCCCAGCCGGUCAGGGCCAAGUUAGUGGUCCGAUGUUGAAGACCAUGGAACUAGCACCUGCUGCACGCAAAAGGAAGCGGAAACUCCCGGACAAACACUUGCCUGAAAAGGUGGCCUCUCUCCUGCCAGAAUCUGCACUUUACACCCAGUUGCUUGAAUUCGAAUCUCGUCUGGAUGCCUCCCUCGUGCGAAUGAAGACGAACAUCAUGGAGUCUCUCAAGAACCCUCAGCGUGUUCAGAAGACACUUAGGGUAUAUGUGUUCAACACCUUCUCUAACCAGACAUGGUCACUUAGGAUUUUUGGGAGAAUUCUGGACAACCAAACCCCUUCAGAUCCCAAAUUUUCUUCUUUUUUCAAGAAAAUUACUGUGUAUCUUGAUCAGACUCUGUAUUCAGAUAAUCAUGUGAUUUUGUGGGAGAGUUCCAGAUCUCCAAAGCUACAUGAUGGAUUUGAGGUGAGGAGGAAAGGGGACAAAGAAUUCACUGCACUCAUCAGACUGGAAAUGAACCAUUUACCGGAGAAGUAUAAACUCUCACCAGCUUUACAAGACGUUCUUGGAAUUGAAGUGGAGACGCGUGCAAGAAUAUUGAAUGCCCUUUGGCAAUAUGUGAAGGCCAAGAAUCUACAGAUUCCAGACGAGACAUCUUCUUUUAUGUGUGAUCCGCCUCUAAGGAAGAUCUUUGGGGAAGAGAAGAUGAAAUUCUGUGCGGUAAGUCAAAAGAUUGACCAGCAUUUGACCAUUCCGCAGCCUAUACAUUUGGAGCACAAGGUGAGGCUCUCUGGGGAUAGCCCUAGUGGGAAUGCUUGUUAUGACAUACUGGUCGAUGUCCCCUUUAUGCCACAAAAAGAAAUGUUAAGUUACUUGGAAAGUGUGGGGAAGAACAAGGAGAUUGAUGCGUGUGACGAGGCUAUUUCAUCUGCCAUAAAGAAAAUACACGAACAUUAUCAAAGGCGGUCUUUUUUUGUAGGAUUCAGCCAGUCACCGGCCGAGUUCAUCAAUGCCCUUAUUGCCUCUCAAGCCAGGGAUUUAAAGAUUGUUUCUGGGGAUUCAGUCCGUGAUGAAGAACACGAGAGGCGUUCAGGAUUCUACCAUCAAGCUUGGGUUGAAGAUGCAGUCAUACGCUACCUGAAUCGCAAGGCUCCUGCUGGACUGUGAAAUUGCCGUUGGCUGGGAAGUGACGAUUACCAUUAUCUAGUUUUUUUUGACCUUUUUUCAUAUCAGAAUAACACUAGAUAAACCACCUUUCCUUCCACAUUGAUCAAUCUGGGGCUAGAAAGGAUGCUUUUUCGCGCGGUCCAAGUUUUGGUUCUUUGAUAGACGCCGUUGAUCGCUUGAAGGCUUGAAGCGCAUAUGUUACUCGUUAAAGCUUACUAAUAUUGACUAAUGUUGUACUCAAUAAUAUUAUUUUUUGCUACUUAUAUUGACAUAGUAUUUUUUUAAUAUUAUUGUGCCCUGAUCUAUUUUUGCAUUUACUUAUUUGAUAAAUACUGAGUAUUAUC